UUGGGGAGAAGCACUCAAGGCAGGUCCAUCUCAGAGGGUCUCUGAAACAAAGCCCAGAGGAAAGAGGGGUGGUGGAAGGACGCUUGCAUUGCCUUCAGUUAAAGCUCUGUGUCAGACAGGCAGGGAGGAAUUGUUCUGACCAAAGGCUGGGGUCUUUUGCAGAGGCGUAUGGUAACCACUCUCAUUCGGCUGCACAGGUCUCCUUUAAUCCUCCAACUGUUCUUCUCUUUCCAGUGAAGGCAACUAUGCCGAUUUGGGUGGUUCUGCUGUCCAGAAUCAUCAUGAAGGAAAAGCAGACGACUAAGGUGUAUUUGUCCCUUGUCCCCAUCAUCGGCGGAGUCCUGCUGGCGACAGUCACAGAGCUUUCCUUCGACACUUGGGGGCUUGUCAGUGCUCUGGCGGCAACACUUUGCUUCUCACUCCAAAAUAUCUUCUCUAAGAAGGUCCUGAGAGAUUCCCACAUCCACCAUCUCCGGCUCCUGAACAUCCUUGGCUGCCACGCCAUCUUCUUUAUGAUCCCAACCUGGGUCCUGGUAGAUCUCUCUUCCUUCCUUGUAGAGAACGACUUGAGUUCAAUGGCCCACUGGCCCUGGACCAUCCUCCUGCUGGCAAUCAGCGGCUUCUGCAACUUUGCCCAGAAUGUGAUCGCCUUCAGCAUCCUGAAUCUCAUCAGUCCACUGAGUUACUCCGUCGCCAACGCCACCAAAAGGAUCACCGUCAUCACCUUUUCCCUGAUCAUGCUUCGUAACCCCAUCACUACCACCAAUGUGCUGGGCAUGAUGACGGCCAUCUUGGGAGUCUUCCUGUACAACAAGAACAAGUAUGAUGCAAACAAAGAAGCCAAGAAGCAGCUCCUUCCUCUCACAAUGGGGGACCUUGUAAGCCUGGAACAUCAGCACCAGCAGCACCGGAGCGCCUUGGAGAAGGCCCAGAACGGCAUGGCCUCCUUUAGCCGUCACCAUCACCACCACCAUGCGGACUUGCAGUACGAAGGCCGGGGCAGCCUCCUGGCAGAUCACUUCCCAUAUGGCCGACAAAACUAUUCAACCUCGUACAGCUCCAGCCGCUAUGAUAUCUAGUGAGAGGUGUGGACUGCGCUGGCACAGCAUGCCUGCACCCCUCAACGUGUCUUCAGCGACUCCUGGGGAGCAGCAGCAAGCUCUCUGGAUGCAUCCCAUGGGGGGGGGCAGGAGAAGGCUAGUGUGUUCAAGGGGGUCUGUUGGAGGAAAGGGAGAGGAGGGUCUUGCGGGCCAGUGGGAGAGGCAGCUGGCAGUGGGGCAGGUUGCAUGUGGGGCAGGAGCCCUAAAUGCCAGCCCCAGCUGUCACACUGGCCAGUGGCCCUGAACCUGUCAGCUUGUCCAAGGCAACAAAAUGUGGCCAGUAUUUCCUCCUCCUUUCUCCCUUCUUAGCUCAGUCUUUUAUAGCCUUACUGCCAGUAAGCAGUAAGGAUGCUUUCAAUGGGAAACAAAACAGAUAUUUCUCUCCUUUUUCCUAUGGAGAUGAGGAAGAUGUAGUUUGUUGUAUUCUGUAGCACUUGUGAGCAGGUGUGUGUGUAUUUGUGUGUGAAUGGGCAGCUGCUUGUCUCUUGCGGUGGUUCAUAGCAUGGAGAGUGAAGGACAGAGACUGGCUUUUCUCUCCGACUCAGUUCAGGCUGAAGGGAAGAGGUGCUGACCUGCCAUUUGUUUUGGGUUUUUUAAAAUAAUCAUGUACCAGUGAGAUUUUGCUACAAGUUUGCCGGUGAUUCAGACUUGCAUAUGGAAUUUAACU